GGUUACUCAGCGUGAGGUCGGCGGCAGCCUACUUGCGGGUGCUUUAGUACUACUCGCUCCCUCCCCCUCCCGGCCGGGCCCGCAGGGAGAGUGACACUCAUCAGGCGGCUCCAGCAGCUCGCAACCGCCAUCCCUGUCGAUCAGCAGUUUGUGGAGAUUAAGGACACACAAAGGGAACAUCUGCUUUUAAGGUUACAGAGGUGCUAAAGCAUGGCUGACUUGGAUCACAAUCUCAGUCUUGCAGAUGCUCUGACAGAACCACCAGCAGAAAUUGAGGAGGAAGUGAAACGAGACUUCAUUGCCACCCUGGAAGCAGAGAAAUUUGAUGACGUGGUUGGAGAAACAGUGGGUAAAACCGACUAUAUCCCCCUACUGGAUGAUGAUGAUGAUGCAAAGGCUGAGAGCCAGGAACCAAAAAGCAAGCCCCACACAGACGGUGGUCAGGUAGAAAGUACUUCAGCUGUUGGACCAGCAGUGCUAGAAAAUGGUGACCAUGGAAUAGAUGAUGACAGUACAGUAUCCCCAAGAGAGAUCACGGGUGAAAAAAUGUCCUACAAAGAGUUUCUGGAUCACAGCGAGACCUGGGCGAUGGAUGAUAGAGACCUUUGCUUUGAAUCACAGUCGAUAUUCAGACCCAUGGAGGAGACAGAGCCCUUCAAGAUGCACAGAGAGGAUGUCCUGUCUGAUAUGCUGCUACGUCCUUCUGGGGAGACUCGCCUACCAUUCACAGAGCAUUUUGAAGCUUCAGAAGAAGUUCAUGCACCCCAUGCAGCUAUGAUGGUACCUGAACUGCCUUCUCUGGGAUCCUCAUAUUCUCCUGCAGAAGUUAUAGAUCCAUCUGCCUUCAUGACCCUGGAUUCAACAACAGAGUCUCUGCUGAAUAUAUCAGCACCUGCAAGAGUGACAGUGCCUGAAGAACAUUGGCUGGGAGUUCAGCAUGCUGUGGAGGGACUAGAUAAAUCUUCCUUUGGAGAGCCACCAGAACCCACCAGGUUAGCUGAUGUAUCAGAACAAUAUUUGCCAAGUCCAGUGGCUGCUGCACCUGCUGCUGUUCCUUCUGCACUAACAGAGCCUACAGGAGAGACCAAAGCUACUGACACACCGCAGGUUGAACCAACAGCAUCUGCUCCAGCUGUGGGAGAAGUAUCUGUUCAAGUGAUGGGACAAGUGUCUAUUCCUGUAGUGGAAGAGCUGAUGGUGUUUGAACCUUCUGUUGAGCAACACAAGUCCGCUCUUAAUGAACCUCCAACAGUAUCGUCUGCUCCAGCUGAGGUAAUGGAACAAAAAGUGACAGUCCCAGAAGCCUCUACUCCUGGUGCAGAUAGUACUCUUGUGGAAGAGAAUAAACCAUCUCCCAGCAAACAUACAGAGCAUCUUCCGAAGCCAAAUGAACUCCCAGAGCUGGCAGUGGAAGCAAAAGAACCAUUUACAUUAAUAGAAACUAAAGAAACCCUUCCGGAAAAAACAGCUCCGGCUGCUGACCUGGCCAUAGUAGAGAAGCUGAAGGAAGAGGCUGAGCUUAGUCAUGCCCACCAUAUAGAACCUCCACAAGAGAAAUCUCCAUUGGAACCGACAGGUGUACCUACUGCACAAGUAAGGCAAGCUAACAAAUCAAGUGACCGCAGGUUUGGCAGAGCAAAACCUGCAGCAGUGCCUGGUGCAGAUGUCCCAGAGGAACUUCUAGUAGAUCUCCCACAACAGAAGAGUAGUGACCCAAAAGCAGACCCCUUUUCUAUGCCAGAACUUGGAUGGGUCUCUGGAACGUUCUCACGGACUAGGGCACCACAUAAAAAGGCAGCCGGGCAGCUACUCAGCAUGCCGUCUGAGUUUGUGGAGAGCCAGAGAGAUGUACCUAGAGAGACCUGGGAUUCAGAAGGUUCUCCAGUGAUUGUGAAGAAGAAGAAGAAGAAACCGAAACAAAAGAGAAACCACCAUCCAAGAACAAUGGAGUUGGGGGAUGAAAAUGUAGGAGUUUCUAAAGCUCCCAAAGUUCCCCUCUUUGCUGCUGAACUGCAAAAGCCAGACAUUCCCUUUGUCUUGCCUGCUGAAGGUGUCAAAGAGCACUCUACUUCCUCAAGAGAGGGCAAGAGGAAGGGAACUUCAGAUGUACCAAGGGAUGCUAAGGUAGGAACUGAAAGCCACCUCUUAGACGAUCAAAAUAUUAUCUCAAGUCCCGCAGCAGGCCAGCAGAGCCUGAAAACUGAAGGACCAUUUAAAUUUUUGUUGGAUGCAAAAGCUGGAGAAGUCAUGAAACCAGAAGAAAUGAAAGAUGACAGUUUGUUGCAGUCUAAAAGCAAAAACAAACAGGUACCCUUGGAGAAGCUAGAAUGCAAGGCAGAACACACUAAGAUGGGGGAUCCUGCAUCAGCACUGACACAAACCAAACCUAUGGAAAUAAGUUUUGUUGAAAAAAACAAAAAGAUUGAGUGUAAACAUUCAGAGCAUUCAGACCUUAAAGCAUCUCUUUCAAAAGGCAUCAACCUAAACAAAGUGGACACUCCUUUGGAGGCCAAACCUAUAGAAAUUAGCCUUAUUGAUGAAAAUAAAGAGAUUAAGUGCGUAUCUUCCAAACGUGUAGCAGCAGAUGAGACCGUUCCAAGUGAAGUUCAAACUCCCUUUGGGGCACUGGUGGGAGAGAAACCAAAGAAAAGAGGUAGUGAUAAAAAAAGCAGAAAGACUGAAAAUGGUAUCUUCAAGCAGCCUGCUGUUUUAGAGAUUAAGACAGAUGCAACCAAUCUUCCUGCUGUAGCAAAGAGAGUCGACAAAACUAAAGAAACAGAUUCCUUUGAUAAAAGCCAAGAGACUGGCUCUGUUACUUCAGAGCCUCCAUUGGAAACUGCAACAGAUAUUACUAAAGUACCCCUUAUACCAUUGGUCUCAGACAAACCUAAAGAGGGCAUUGCUGGGAAAAACAAAAAGGCUGACUUCAGUUUUUCAGAGCAGCCAUUUCUUUUGGAAACUAAGACAGAUACAGCCAAACUUCCUGCUCCUGCUGAGACAGUCGACAUAGCUAACAUAGAUUUUACUGAUAAAAGCAAACAGACUGGAUUCACUGCAUUGGAUCAUCCAACUGAGACAGAUCCCAACAUGGCACUGGUUACAGACAAACCUAAAAAGAGGGAUAGUGAUGGGAAGAACAAAAAGGUUAAAAAUUUCUCUGAGCAGCCAGUUCUUCUGGAGGCUGAGAGAGACCCGAACAAACUUCCUGCUGUAGCUGAGACAGCUGACAAAACUAAAGAAAUAAUCUUUACUGAUAAAGACAAAGAGACUGGCUUUGCUAUUGCAGAGCAUUCGUUGGAGAAUAUGACAGGUCCCAGUACUGCAAAGGUGGCAGACAAGCCUAAGAAAAGGACGAGUGAUGGAAAAAACAAAAAGGCUGAAAAAAGUUAUUUCCAGCAGCCAUUUUUUCUGGAGGUUAAGGAAGACACAAGCAGUCUUCCUGCUGUAAUGGAGAAGGAUGACCAAACUAAAAAAAUAUUUUUCACUGAUAAAGGUAAAGAGACUGAUUUUACUAUUGCAGAACAUCUGUUGGAGGGUGCAACAGCUACAGUGAAGGUACAAGGUCCCACUACAACACUGGUAACAGAAGAACCUAAAAAUGGUAUGACUGGGAAAAGUGAAAAGGCUGAAUUCAGUAUUUCAGAACAGCCACUUCUUUUGGAGACUAAAACAGAUGCGGCCAAACUUUCUGCUAGUGCUGAGACAAUCAGCAAAACAAAAGAAGAUAGUUUGAUGGAUAAAAGCAUAGAGACUGAAUUUACUACAGAUUCCAGUAGAGCACUGAUGACUGACAAACCUGAAAAGGAGGACAGUGACAGGAAAGGCAAAAAAGCUGAAAAAGGUUCUUUUGAGCAGCCUUUUCUUCUGGAAACUAAGACAGACACACGCAAGCUUCCUACUGUAGUGGAAAAGGCUGAAAAAAUUAAAGAAAUGGGUUUUGGUGAUAUAGGCAAGGAGCCUAUUUUUACUACAGCAGGGCUUCAACUGGAGAAUUUGACAGAUACAACCACGGUACAAGUUCCCACUAUGAAACUGAUAACAGAAAAACCUAAAAUAAAGGAAAGUAAUGAAAAAAGUUUCUUUGAGCAACUUGUUCCGUCAGAUUAUGAAAUGGACACAGCAAAGUCCAAAACACUCUUCAAAACUAAAGAAACUCAUUCCUCUGAUAAAGGCAAGGAGACUGAUUUUACUACUUUAGAUCACCUCUUGGAGGAUAUAACAGAUACAGCUAAGGCACACAUUCCCAUUACAGAACUGGUGGCGGACAAACCUAAGAAGAGGUGUAGUGAUGGGAAAAGCAAAAAGAUUGAAAAUAGUGCUGAGCACCUUGCUGUCUUGGAGGCAAAGACAGACUCCGUUAAACUUCCUGCAGUAGUCGAGGAGGCUGAUAAAAUUAAAGAAAUUCACUCCACUGAUAAAGGCAAGGAGACUCAAUUUACUACUUCAGAGCAUCUGUUAGAGGAUACAACAGAUACAGCUAAAAUACAAACACCCAUUACACCAUUGGUGACAGGAAAACCAAAAGAGAAUAAUGAGAACAGCACAAAGGCUGAUGUUGGUUUGGAGAAGCCAUUUCUUUUGGAGACUAAAGUAGAUACAGCCACACUUCCUGGUGGUGCUGAUGAGAUAGUCGACAAAAAUGAAGCUGUAACUUCUUCUGAUAAAAACAGAGAGGCUGGAUUUACUAUUUUAGAACAUCGAACGACGAUAGAGCCCGGUUCAGCACUGGUGCCUAAUAAGUGUAAAAAGAGGGGUAAUGAUGGAAAAAACAAAAAGGCUAAAAAUGCCUCUGAACAGCCAGUUCUUCUGGAGACUAAGACCGACAAAAGCAAAAUACAGCCUCCCAUAGUAACCGAUCUGGAGUACCAAAUGGAAGAAAUGGGUCUUGUAGAUGAAAAUCAAAAUAUUAAAAAUUUCUCCUCUGAGCAUCAAAUGCUUUGGGAUAAUAAGGUGGACUUGUUCACACCCUACACUCAGUCUAGAGCAGCUGGUGUUGACAGAGUUGGCAAAGCUUAUUCUAUAGACAAAAAUCAAGGGCUUGCCAGUAUCUUUCCAGAGUAUCCCAUAAAGGAUGAUGGAAGUAAGGUGCCACUGCCUCCUGGAGUGGUUUUGGAGGGCACCAACAAAGAGUCCAGCAUGGGUGACAAAAGGGAGAAAAAUAAACACAGCCAUUCUGAGCAUUCAGUCAACCUGGAAGGUGAAGAGGCUGGUGUACCGGCUUUCACUUCAGUGAAGGAGGGUGAUAAAAUCAAAGUGACUAAUGCUGGGGAGAAGAAGAAGAAAGGUAAAUGGCCUUCCUUGGAUUCUCCAGUUAAACAGGAUGCCAAAGCAGGAGGGGAUGAAGUGCACACUUCCAUUUUAGCAGAGAUUGAUGACAAAGAAAUAAGUUUCACUGAUGAAAAGCAAAGCACUGAGUGUGCUUCCUUGGAGCAUCUGGUGAAGGAGACAGAUGCCAUAAAGGGAACAAUUCCCACAGAUGCCAAAGUAAUGGACAAAAUGGAAGGAAGUAGCUGUGCUGGUGAGAAGGAUGUUGGAUGCAUCUCUCCGGAACUUACAGUGCAAUGGGAGAAUAAAGCAGAAGCAGUUGUUCUGCAGGUUCUGGCUGCAGCAGUGGUGGUGAACAAGACUAAAGAGACUGAGCUGGGUGAAAGAAAGAAGAGUGAACAAAGCUUCCCUGAGUGCCCAGUUAGUUUAGAAAAAAAGACAGAUGCAGCUGAGGCUGCUGGUGUGAUUCUGAGAGAUGCCCAAACAGAGGAAAUCAGUCCGAUUGAUAAAAUUAAAGGCCAUUCUGAACACUCAGAAGGUGAUGCUGCUGACAAGAUAGAGGCUGGCUUGAAGGACUUCCAAGCUUUGAAGUCUGAAGAGGAUAAAUGUGCAGACUUACCUCAGAAAAAGAUACAUGGUUCUGGACAAAAAGUGUUGAAAGAGACAAAGAAAGAGGAGAGAGUCAAAGCUACGGAACAGAUAAAAGGCUACAUGAGACCCACAAAGUCAAGAGGGCUUCCUACUCCACCACCAAGGCUUGCUGUCCAAGAUCGAGAGAAACCAAGGCAGCUGAAAGCCAAUGGUAUGAGUCGGCAAAGGCAAGAAAAAGCAAAACCAGAAGAGAUAAAACCGGUGGAGCUUGUGACGGGAAAUGACAUCACGGCACCUCCAAACAAAGAGCUUCCUCCAAGCCCUGAGAAGAAGACCAAGCCUUCAGCAUCCACACCAUCAGCAAAACCUGCAGCAACGAAAACCAAGCCACUGUCCACUACAAGCCCCAAGCGGCCAGCUUCUGCCACACCUGGCCAAAACAAAAAACCCACCAGCCCUACUGCAGGUCCUACUUCGGCCACUACUCCCAAACGCCCAGCCACCAGCACUACACGUCCCUCCACUUUAACUCCUAAAGACACUAAACCAAAGGUAACAGAUGCAAAGAGCCCAGACAAACGGACCUCACUUUCAAAGCCACUGUCUGCUACGACACCUCGAGCUGCUGUAAAGGGCAGCCCUGCCACGCCCAGGACAACUGCAGCAUCUCCAGUUACAACAGCCUCCGGUCUGAGAAACACUGCUACUUCCCCACCCAAAAGGCCAACAUCUAUCAAGACUGAAACAAAGCUUGCAGAUGCCAGGAAGACCACUAUGAAGUCACCAUCAGCAGACCUGAGCCGCCCAAAGAGUGCUCCUGCAAACUCUGCGAAGAACAGCGCCACUACCCCCACUGCAACAACCCCAGGUACUCCUGUCUCACCUGGAGUUGCCACCAGCCGCCCCAAACCCAAGCCAGCUGCAGCCAGACCCACCACAGCAUCGAGUACAACUCCAGAAGCUAAAAAACCAUCAACAGUUAAAGCUCCACUUAAAACCAGCACUGUUCCCAAGCCACCUCGCCCAACCAGCAGUGUUUCUGCCUCUGACCUGAAGAACAUACGAUCCAAAAUCGGAUCAACAGAUAACAUUAAACACCAACCUGGUGGAGGAAGGGCUAAAGUAGAGAAAAAACCAGAAUCAGCCGGUGCUGCGCGAAAGUCUGAACCCAAUGCAGUCUCUAAAAUGGCUACUACUAAAACAACUGUAACAAAAGAGGGUGCACAAAAGCAGCCCAAUGGGAAAGUCCAGAUAGUCUCCAAAAAAGCGAACUACAGCCAUGUUCAGUCCAAGUGUGGUUCCAAGGACAAUAUUAAGCAUGUCCCUGGAGGUGGGAAUGUUCCAAAUGCCCAAAAGCCAGCUUCAGGCAGCCGCUCCCAGCCGUCCAUCGCCCCCAAACCCAGCCCAGGCAGUACCAAUGUGCAGAUCCAGAGCAAGAAAGUUGACAUUUCCAAAGUGUCCUCAAAGUGUGGCUCUAAAACAAAUAUUAAACACAAGCCAGGGGGAGGAGAUGUCAAAAUCGAGAACCAGAAGCUGAACUUCAAGGAGAAGGCGCAGGCAAAAGUGGGCUCUCUGGACAAUGUGGGACACGUGCCAGCAGGAGGCACAAUGAAGAUUGAAUCCCACAAACUGAUGUUCCGUGAGAAGGCUAAGGCUCGCACGGACCACGGAGCGGACAUCGUCGUCUCCAAAUCCCCCAACCUUUCCAGCAGCACUUCCCCCUGGUGUAGCACGUCCGUCAGCGAGAGCCUGGGCUCCAUCGCCUCCUCAUCACCGCUGCAACAGCCAGCUCCCCAUGCAGAAGACCUUUCUGCGGUGCUUUCUCAGCAAGGCUUGUGACUUGUCCCCACCCACCCCGCCUCCCAUGUGCUUCCCAGAGUAACUCAGCUUGGAUCCCUUAACCCGGCACUUGGCUUUAGGUGGGAAGGGGACAGCAUUUUAGCAGGGCUAGCUUCCCUUUCAGUGGUGCUGUCUGUCAACAGGGCAAUGUAGUUGUUCGCCCAUACAGCCCAGGAAUCUGAGGUUCAUUUCAUUGUGACAGUGGCUCCACCUUCCCCAGUGUGUCUCAGGCUCUGGUGAUCCUCUCCUCACCUCCGAUCCUCUUGCUCUUAGGAGGACAUCAGUGUGAGUCUGAAUGACGUGUUUCUUAGGGACAGGCAGCUGGAGAGCUCUAGACUAAACAUGUGCUUAAAGCCACUUCUCGUUCUGGGGAGGGCGCCAAGCCUCAUUCUGUUGCUGCGUUUGGGCGGAAGUGGUGGGGCUGUGCUGCGAGUGGCCCAAGCCAGGCCGGAGUUAAUGGGGAUAAGCUGUGAUCUUUCUCUUUGUUAACUUUUCCUCCUGCUGCUUCAGUUUCUGCUGUUCCUAUUUAAUGAUUAUCUAUAUUAUACACACACAUUAGGCUGUUUUAACUGUUGACUUUAACCGUUUCAUUUUUUUUUUUGUGACGAAGUGUUGAUGAUUUAUUGUGCUAUGACCAUGCUAAGUUUCCUUUUCUCUUUCCUUCUUUCCCUAACCAUAGGAAUAAAGACAUUAACCGCUGCUGCAGUGCUGGCUUCUUAUCGACAUAUCCAGCAAUUGUAACUGUUGUUUUUCUUUGUGUUGUUUUUUAAAAUAUUUUUAAAUGAUGGAGCAAAUUCAUGUAAUUAAGCCAUGUCUGAAAGGAAAGGCAUAAGAAUGUGCUAAAAAAAAAAUCUCUUACUGUAACAGUUCAACCAAGCCUUGUAUUGACUGCAACAAGCGAUGCUAAAGGGAUGCUUAGAGAACCUCCUAUCGGGGUAAAUAACCAAGCCCUAGAGGAUGCCCUGGCACCUUUGUAGUUGCUUCUGUUGGAUUAACAAAAGGCGCAAAGUAUAUUUAUUAACUUGAAUAGCCACAGACAGUUUGUUGAUCGUUUUUUUUCUUUGCCAUGGUAUCAGGCCAGGGUCAGGGUAUCAGGUCAGGAAGCUGCUUCAAACAAUAUGUUGCAGGUUAAUGCAGGGUGUGUGUUCUGAUGCAAGGGAUCCAGUGUGAUAUGUAUUAUUUUUAACAAAUGUUAAAUGUAGGGGUCAACAGAUUACCUGGCUAGAUGCAAUCUGGUGGGAGGCUAGGAUGGGGAAGAAGUGAACAGCCGCCUCCCAUUCAGGGAGCCAGAGAGGGAGAGCUGAAUGUCCGUGAAGGGUUGGGAGGGGCAGAGUAGGCAGGCUUACAAUAUGAAGGCGGUACAGCCCUGGCUUGUCAAGAGAUCACACACCAUUGUGGUUUGAGCUCCUUGUUUUAUGUUGCGAAUGACACUAAAGAAACAAAAUGUAUAUAAAAAAAUCUGGUGUUCUUGAGUCAUCAAACUAACUUAAAGCAAAAAGCAGAAUAACAAAACACAGGGAUCAAAGUUAACUGACGACAGACGUCUGCUAAGGGGGCUGGCCAAUUUGAAGUAUGGGGGGCGGAGAGGAGCCCACAGCUUCCUCUGCUUGUGGGAAUAUUUCUCUUUGGGAAGCUGACAGUGACACGAUAACCCGGAAUCUGUAUUUACACACAAAGAUUCUUAUUGCACUUGUAUUUUUUAUAUUAAAGUUUGCAUGAUUUCUAAUAAAAUGGCAUUAAAAUGUAAUAGUUUGCAUCCAAGUGGUCUGCUAGUCUUGUAAGUGCUUUUUCCACUAAAUACGAAAUUGAAUAAACAAUGCAGAUUUGCACCUGAAAGGGGCUGUUAUAUAUACCCUGUUCUCUCCAUAAAACUCCCUCUGUUCCCCUCUUCCCCAUCACUACCACCUUUCCUCUCCAAUUCAUGCCACACGCAUGCUACCCUAGGACCAGGGAGAAGCUGCUGGGCUCAUCAAAUUCUCCUGCUCUCUUUGCUUGGAAGUUCCAAAUAGUUGUUUACAUCUUUCAAUGCUUGUUUUGAGGGUCCAUCCCGAGGGGUUCAGAUUCUCGUAACCUUUUUUCUUUCCUGCAAUGUUUACCUUGCUCUGGAGAGAUGGACGCUGGAGACAUAAGGCUGAGGCUGCACAACCAGAGGCAGCCGGGGCAGCACCAUAUCCAGUAAGCCAGUAAUAGCCAAACCAUCCAUUGAAAGAUUGCUCCCUGUGGGGUGGAUUAGGAGGUGGCCCCAUAGACAGUUGCACUUGCUGUCCUGCUACCUCAGUAAGGGAGGAGAAACCUAUUCAAUGUCAAGCACCCUCCCAGGGUAAAAUGGUUGAAUUGUGUUGUGAUGCCCUGAAGCACUGUGACAGCCGCUCUGGCUCUGCAGGUGCUGGCUCAGAUCUCUAUGAACAUCAAGAAAGACCCAUCCACCUGCAUGUACCCCUCCCGGUAUAUAUCACUGCCCCUUCUCUGAUGCUUCCUACGUUUUGUUACUAAAUUCUAACAAGAUCUCUUUAAAUCUGUGAAUUGGGAUUGAGCGGGAAGGGGGUAUUUGAACCAGAGAAAUGGUUUUAAGAGUCAAUCCCCUUAACAGGAAAAGGCACAGACUUUGCUUCGCAAAGCAAUAAUGGAAGUUUGCUCUGAAAUAGGAGACCUGACAGGGCUGCACUGGCUGGCGCAUUUCUGCAGUAGGGUAGGUGCACAUCACCCAAAGAGAAUCUUUCAGUCCUGUGUCUGCAGGUGUGUGGUGCCCCAGCUAAAUUCCUGUUUAACACCAGAUGCUGGGAUUGGUGGUAAUCUGAAGUCAGGCUUGGGGCUCCCCUCCAGACCCAGGAGUUGAGAAAUGCGCACUAAUGAGCGAGGUACCUGUGCGGGAGUAGCUGAUAACAGACUCCAGCCACUGCUGUAAAAUCCAGCCAUGUGCUCCAGAUACAUAUGGCCAACGUUCGUUUGUUUUCUUCUGAAUUACUCAGAGAGGUGGAAGCUGAAAUACCACGUUCUUUUCACUUCAUGCUGCUAGAGACCACAGGGAAGAGUAAAGCCAUUGAGGCAGGAUGUCUCUGAUGGUCCUUUUUACCGAUUUCACAGGGUGGCGAGUGUUUAGUGCGGGGGCCAUGAUAGGAAGACAGGUAGCAACAUUGCACUUUAUGUUCUGAGAUUGCAAAAAAAGAAAGAAAAAAACUUGUUUUGCCAAGAGUUAAGUUUUACCUCCUCCUCAUCCCUCUUGAUUGCUUUUCUCCAAUGAAUUGGUCUGCAGCAGAGCGAAGGCCUAUCUCUAAAUGUGCACAAACCGUCCCAAACUCUCACAGGUUUCAGCUGAACGCUAAGAGCUCUCUGUGCUUCUGUGCCACUUCUCUCUAACAUUUAUUGUGCCUGUCUUUAGGUGACUUAGACUAGAUCCAGAUACACCAGUUUGGUUUUGUUAGGACAGCUUCAGUUUUACUAAGAAUUUUUGAUUUUAUUUUAAAGAAAUAGCUGUAAGUAUUGCUAGCCUGGGAAUAGUUGUGUGUGUGUGUGAGUGUGGUUGGUAUGGUUCUGGUUUCCUAUGUAGAGGGAUGGGAGCAAGCGCUGAGUUAUGCUGAGACCUGAAAAUGAAAGCUGCGCGAAGCGUUACUGUCUAUUCUGCAGCAGGUUUGGAAAAUCUCGCCGAGAAGCUGAAAAUCCCAUUAGUCCUGGUCUGCCUUUAAAUAUUUGGGACAUUGACCCACUAAUUGAAAACUCAUGAGCUGUUGCCCCUCACGGCUCAAUGCUGCUUCCAUUGCAGUCAACCACUGACUCCAGUGGGAGCAGGAUUGGCCCCCGUGUGGGGAAAGGCUUCUGAGCCGUGUUGACUUGCACUGCUUGAAGAAGCCAGAGGCUCUCUUUUCAGCUGCAUCUUCUCCAGAUGACCCAUGUAAAACGGAAGGCUUCUCGUGAGCCAGGCUCCUCUUCCCAGACAUUAGGGAUGCCAGUUGGGCAGGGUUCAACUGGCAGGAUGUAGAAUAAUGCCAGCGAUCUGUGUGUAUUCUUGUUAGGGUUGAUCCUAGGACUAUGUAGUAAAUUCCCUUUUGAAAAGUGGUGAAUUGAGUCUGAAUUAAAUGUGGCUUGAAUGUAAAUGUUCCUGGCCUGAGAUGCCCUUGUAGAAACCAAAGGAAUUCCCUGGGUUUCAGGUAUCUGCAAGAAGCUGGCAUGGCUUGGUACAGCCAGGGGACAGGUGGGCUGGGGUUGGCGUUCUUUUCCCUGGUGGCUGUCAGGUUGGGUUUCGUAAGCACAUCUGACAGGAAGCUUUAGGCUACAGUGGACUUGACUCACGAUGGAUGGGGCAUAAAAGCAACCUGCUGUUGUGGUCUCAGAGCAGAGCAGCCCCGUGGCAGAGUGUGAUGGGCUGGAAAUGGGGAUCCACCCUGCUAGCAAGAGCAGCUCCAUUGCAGCCAUGGCAAGGCUAGAGGGGAAUGUGUGUCCUAGGGCCAUGACAACUCUUACCUUUGGGGGAAAAGGAAUCUUUUUCUGGGCUUGUGGUUAAAGCUGGGAUUGGCUUUGAGAUGUCUGUAAUGGCUGAUGCGGUGAAAGGCUAAGAGGUGAGGUUAAUAGGCUCUUUGGAAAGUGACUCCUGCAGGAGCUUGGAGGUUCCUUUUCUGUGAUGACUCUUGGUUCCACCUUCCAUACUUGAUCUCUCUCACACACCAGCAUGUGGCAUGGGGGUGCAGGCAGGGCCUCGGUGGGAAUGGCUGGCUGCUCAGUGCCUGGGGACUGUUUAGUUGACAGUGAGAUACACAGUUCAGUGGGGCUUUAAUACUGUAAAACAAAGGAUAUUCAAACAAACAGGUGGAUCAACUCAGGGCCACAACAGCAGGAGGCUGCAUGGUCUGGCUGCAUUGGCCGUUGCUGUUCCAGGGCUGUGUGUGUUCUGCUGUGCAGCACCUGGCCCCAGAGGCUGGGCUACAGCCUGAAUGUGCCUCCUGUUGUCAUUCUUGGUCCCUUACUGCUAAGUGAAUGUAGUUCUCUGUGCUGAUCCUUGCUGUCGUCCCCUGUACACAGAGUAGUGCGUCAGUGUGAAUGAGGCUCUAGACUAGAACCAUUGUGUGUUUGGUGCCCUCUGAGCAGAAUUUUGUUCUCCAACACGAGAACUCAGUGUCUUCCAGAUUCUUGAACUGCCAGGAUGCCCCAUGUUCCACCUCAGGUGACGGAAAGAAAAUGCCAAGACCUCUUUAGCUUUUGUUGGACCACUGUGCAAAGGCUCAGUAGGAAGAGUAACUGGUUAGUUGGCUGGAGAAGUGUCAUCUUUUUGGGGUGGAAGAAAUGUCAUUCUGCCCAAGUAUAUGCAGUGUUGUAGCCGUGUUGGUCCCAGGAUAUUAGAGAGACAAGGUGGGUGAAGUCACAUCUUUUAUUGGACCGACUUCUGUUGGUGAGAGAGACAAGCUUUUGAGCUACACAGAGCACAAAAGCUUUGCUCUCACCCACAGAAGUUGGUCCAAUAAAAGAUGUGACCUCUCCCAUCUUGUCACUCCGCCCAAGGGCAGUUUCUGUGUGUGUGGGGGGGGGAAUUCACAAGAAGAUUCUUCGCUUCCCAGAGGAGUUUGACAAGCAGUAGAAGCCAAGAUAAAUGUAGAACUAUGGAAGAAAGCUGUGGAAAGCAUCCUCCACCUUUUGUUGCCCUUUGCCACUGACAAUCUAGCUACAAUAUAUAUAUAUUUUCCUUCUCACAAAAGUCUCACUUAAUACAGGAUGGCAUUUAGUGUAAGAUCAGUCAAGACUCCUUUAUUCCAGCCCUCUGCUGACUUCCCUUUCCGGCAUUUGGUAUUGCCUGAAGGCUCAGUAAUCCCUUAACAUAGGUACAUGGUGGAAAAGGCAUAGAAGGAAAGUAGGAGAGGGGGGUGGACUGAGAGCCAGGUAUGCUCUGAGCACAGGGCUAGGAGCAAGGAACACUGGCGUUCUAAUCCUGGCUUCGAUAUUGUCUCCCUCUGUAGUCUUGGGAAAUCACUUAACCUCUCGGGCUCAGUUUCCUCAUCUGCAAAACGGGGAUAAUAAUAGUAACUUCCCAGUGGAGGUGUGAGGUAGGAUUAGUGUGUAUAAGAUGCUCUCUAAGGGUUAAGUAUUAACAUUUUUGUGUUGUAGGAAUAUUAUGCAGAGGCUCCUUCCGCGUCACAUGAGAUGCACCAUAAUGACUGAGGAGAGCACAGAGCUGUCCAGUUUUGGCAGCGACUGUGCAGCCAACUGUUGCUGUAAUGUUGAGUGAUACAGAUGUUCCUAUAAUCUAGAGGGUGCUAAUGGGAGGGGGGAGAUUAUUGCAUGGAUGUAAAGGCUGAGACUCUAGCUACUUGGGAGAGGUGGUAGAAUACUAGAGGGGGAGUGCAAACCCCUUGUACUGACGCCAGGGAGUGAAUUCGUACUGGUUUACUUCUGCCUUUGUUUCACCCUCCUUGUUGACUGUACAAGACUGGUGUCUCCAUUAGCAACAUUUCCUGAUUUGACGUUGUGAUUCUUACUAUUGUAAAGGAUUGAAAUAAAGCUUCUAGAUGUUCAACCUUG